CAUGGAUAAGAUCAUAAUUUUUAAUUCUGCAAUCUAAAGAGACUAACACAGUGAGUUGCGCAGAGCCAGUAAUCUGCAGUCAUGUAAGAACAGGAUGAAGAAGAAGAGUGUUGCUUUGAGCUAAUGAUCAUGAUCUCACCAAGCUAAUUCCUAUCUUGGCAUCACACAGCCCUAACAUUUCAUAAAAGCUACCUCUGCAUUCGGUUGGACCUGCCUGAUAUUCGUGAUGGAAUCGCUGUGCUGAAAUGGAGUUGAAGAAACAAAGACUGCAGCUUCUACACGACCUCAUCCACACAAGAGUUAUGGAUUGCCAAAUGUCAUGCAGAACCACAUCAGCAAUAAUGCAAGGAAACUGCCGAAAUUUCCCCAGGAUAUUACACUGUCCACUUACCAACUGCCUCAGUUCUGAAUAAGCCUGGAAAUGCAUGGCUAUUACUGUUUUUUGAAAUGAAUUGGAGUCUUGUAUUAGGUUUUAAAUGAAGGCAGGCCUCUGUUUUUUACCCACUCUUUAUAGUUAUUGAGUGUCCUAAAUAGUGAAUGGGUCAUAAAUGAAAUGCACUUUCUGCUAUUUCAAACAUAUUGACCCAAGCUUCUUUGCACCUGUGGUUGCGACUCUUCUGACAGUUUGCAGUUACCAGAUGCAUAUUUUUCAGCUACAGCUUCCUAAAUGUGGCCAACUCCAAUAUGGUGGUUGUUAGCUGCACCUACUGGUCGCAAGUGGCAGUUCAUGGCAGGGUCUGAAUAAGCUCCAUUUCAAAGUUUAUGCACUUGUCAAAAUACUCAGACACUAAAUUUUUCUGACUGUCUCUAACAUUCACAAAUGUUCACAUCUAUUGAAAGUUAAUGAUAUCAAUAUAAAAAAUCUAAGUAAUUCCAAUUUAAUGUCACUAGAAAGUACUUCCACUGCAUUUAAAUACAUUUAAGUUAAUAUGAUUAAUUAGGAGAAUGUUAUCUGAGUACUCCCUCAUGGCUAUUUUUCUGGAAUGAAUUAACAGUGUUAGUACACCAGUACUAGAUACUAAAGUACCAAGGAUGCAGCUUGUCUGUCUGUGCUUCCGUGCCCAAAGCUUAAUCAACUUAGUAAAAGCAGAUACUCCUAUAAAAAUCUAUUAAUACUUGUUGACUAUCAAAUUUUGGUAUUAAACUGGCUGCUCCCUGAUUAGUGAAAUCAGGCCCACACAAAUAAAAUACUUCUGUCUGUACGCAAAUGCUACAAAUUUAAAUGAUGUACCCCAUAAUUCUAAUCUUAUUUUUUUCAUUUGCUGAUAUUAACAAACAGUAAUUGUUACUUUAUUUCAUGUUAUAACUAAUACUAUUCUUGAAAUAGAAUUGUAGAAUCUCUGGUUGAUUCGUAAUGAUUUCUAAAGGAAACAAAAUAUAAUUAUUUGUCUUAUUUCUAAACCAUCUAGUGUUCAUUUAUGUUGUUACUUUGAAGAGGUUUCCAAUGUUGUUGGCUAAAUUUCGUCUUGGAUCUUAGAAGAGCUUCAUACUCAACAGGACCACUAAAAAAGGGGUGGGCCCCAAAAGUGGACAGAUGCCAGCCCUGAUUUAGAAAUUCAAGAUUCCAAUUAUAAAACGUCUGGCUAUGUACUAUGCCUUCCUUUGACAGAAAGUCACAAUACAAGUCAGACCUGUUGCUAUGAACGUUUAGAGUUAAACUAGUUACCAGACUGUAGCUAAGCACAUUCCACCCAGAGCACAGUUACCAUCAGCACUGAGUUAUUGAAGAAAACAUUUCUGGAUCAAAAUAUGCAGUGGUUUAUUUUGUUUCUGGUUGCAGUUGUUCUGUUGAUUAUUCUCUGUCACAUUCAGAGAAGAAAAAGGUUACCAAAUGAACCACCUCUAGAUAAAGGCUUUAUCCCCUGGCUGGGACAUGCCCUUGAGUCUAGGAAGGAUAUUGCCAAGUUUUUAUUGAAGAUGAAGACAAAACAUGGAGACAUUUUCACAGUCCGAAUGGCAGGGCGAUAUGUAACUUUCUUAUUUGAUCCUCACUCAUUCGAUGCAGUUGUAUCAGAAUCCAGUGCAAAGUUGGACUUUACAAAAUAUUCGUUAACUUUAAUGGAUAAAAUGUUCAACGUUCGACUUCCUGACUAUGAUCCAAAUGAAGAGAAAGCUUUGAUGAAAAUGCAUCUCCAAGGAAAAAAUCUUUCUUCACUCACAGAUGCAAUGCUAUCUAAUCUUAAAACAUUGUUGCUAACAGAUGAAAAUGACAGAACGUACACCUGGGAGCAGGAAGGACUAUUCAACUUCUGUUAUGAUACAAUGUUCAGGGCAGGAUAUCUCACACUGUAUGGGAAUGAAGCUGCACAAAAUUAUGGACAAACAUCCAAAACUAAAGAUAAAAUUAAUUCAUCAGAAGUCUAUAAUAUAUACAAGAGACUAGACCAACUCUUGAUGAAAAUAGUCCGCUCCAUGUUAUCUGCAGAUGAAAAGAAAGAAGCUAACUUAGUAAAAGAGCAUCUUUGGCAACUGUUGUCUGUGGAGAAUUUAAAUUCAAGAGUGAACAGAAGCAGCUGGAUUCAAAGUUACUGCAGCCACCUACAGAAGUUAGGUCUACACAAGGAUAUGCAGGCCCGAGUAAUGGUACUACAGCUGUGGGCCACACAGGGUAAUUAUGGGCCUGCAGCGUUUUGGCUACUACUAUUCCUGCUAAAGCACCCAGAAGCAAAGCAUGCAGUCCAGGAGGAAAUGAAGAAAAUCUUUUUUAACCAGAUGAUGCGCACUGUUAGCCAAGAUGCACUCAACAAUACACCCAUUUUAGAUAGUGUUUUAAGUGAGACUCUACGACUGACAGCAGCACCAUUUAUUACCAGAGAAGUUCUUCAGAAUAUGUCAUUGCAGCUUGCAGAUAGCAGAAAAUAUCACCUUCGAAUGGGAGACAGACUGUGCCUCUUCCCUUAUUUAAGUCCCCAGAUGGACCCUGAAAUCUAUGAAGAGCAUGAGAAAUUUAAAUAUGACCGGUUUUUGCACCAGGAUGGAACAAGGAAAACUAAUUUCUUCAAGAGUGGGAAGCAGUUGAAGCACUACAUUUUGCCUUGGGGGGCUGGAUCUAAUGUUUGCAUUGGGCGGCCCUUUGCUAUAAACAGCCUAAAAAUGUUUGUUUUUAUAAUGCUAAGCUGCUUUGAUUUUGAACUUUCUGAUCCAAAGACAAAAAUUCCAGCCUUUGACACUUCCAGAUAUGGAUUUGGAAUGCUGCAGCCUGAAAAAGAUGUCAUGUUUCGUUAUAAAUUCAAGGCUGAAUAGCCCAAGCCAAAACAUACCAGAAUUCGUAAGCAUGCCAUGGAACUUUAGCAUGCUGCAUUUGGCGCAAGAACAGUGUAAAUUUAUGAAUGCCAUGUUUUGAACCUUUUCUCAAAAGAAUUGAUUAGCCUUGACUCACUGUAUAGUCAACAAGAUUCAGCAUUUUCCUUCCAAGUUGUCCAUGCAUCUAACAAAUGGUAUGGAAAAGUAAUUGACUGAAGCAGUCGUAUCCAACUGGAUGCAUUACAUGGCUGGAUGCCAAUUUCAUGAACUUCGUUGGUACACAUGUGUCCCAUAAAAAGCACACAUAAUAAUGCACACCAAAUGCUGGAGGAACACAGCAGGUCAGGCAGCAUCUAUGGAGGGGAAUAAACAGUCGAUGUUUGGGUCUGAGACCCUUAAAAGUAGGCUUCCACAAUGUACAGUAUAUAAAAUAUAUGAUUUGUCAUGUUAAAGAAGGCCUAUUUGAAUGGGUCGCAGAUCAAAAAAUCUAGAUCUGGGAAUCAAUUCUGAGUUGUUCAAUUUAGCAUAAAGACGUACUCCAAGUGGUAACUGUCUCUCUAAUGCAUCCUAGCACAAUCCUCAAAUGACUGCAAUCCUUAAUACUCUUCCUUUCAGUCGUAAUCCCCAAUACAUUCACAUAAUCUUUCUGCCAAAUGAUUCCUUAUCACUUCCCUGUUUUUUCCCUAUUCCCCUGUGAACCAUGACCAAUGCACCCAAAUUGGAUGGCAGAGUAUGCAGAGGAAACACUCCAGUAUGUCAACCAGCUGGUCUAUCAUGCAUAAUGCAAUUGCCCUCAGUUGCAAUAAUAUGUUGAAGUGCAGGGUCUAAAAUGUAUAUAAUUUUAUUCUUAGAAGUUUUUUAAGCUAUACAUUUUCUGUGAGGACAUUAUGUAUUGACAGGAAAUUAAUCAAAAAUGCUUCCGAAUGCUUUUAGCUUUUUUAGUAUUUAAAAUAGGGAAGUUACAAAGAUCUUCAGACAAUUUCAGUCACUGCAAAGUGAACUUCAAAGAGCACGUAUAACACAAUUCCUAACUAUUGCUGUGCACCAAUGACAUAUGUUAGUGAAGAAACUAUUUCAAAAGAGCUCUUCAUUAACAUAAAGAUCAAAUGCAACACAAAAUAACAGUAAAUAAUUCAUAUUUUAUUGUGCUAAAUGAAUAACUAUCACCCAGAACUCCUUGCAAUGUCAGUUCUCUAGCAUGUGUCAUUUAAUUUUACAUUACAAACAAUCUGUGUGAUUUACAAAAUGCUGCAUUUAAUUGGAACACCUGACAAGUUCAAAUGGUGCUCACCAAGGCAACUCCCUGCCGUGCAUCUGCCUGUUGAUAUUGAUGUUCCCAGUUCAACAGCGUGCUCCUUUCUCUUUAUUGUCCAGCCAUAUUUUUACUGCUUUCGUCAAGUAAUUCUUCAAGGAAAAGGGAAAAGAAUUAAGGAUGGUCUUUUAUCAGUCUGAAUAAAUACAACAAUUAUUUUUAACUCUGAGGGAAUUAAUUUACUUUUUUUGUUCACACACUGCAAUUUUAAAGAGAAUGUUUAAAUCCAUAUUUGAAGCUACCUCCUUGUUUUCUCUCAAAAAAUUCCUCCAUUUGGUUGCAUUUUUAAGUAAAUUGGCACAAAGUAUUAAUGAAAUUGAGGUAUGUAAAGACAUAUUUAUGGGUUACAAUUGUAUCAAAAAGAGAAUGUAUUUGGAAUACUAAUUUAGAAGAUAUGUGUCACACUAUUGAACUGAAUGGAAAAUAUGGUCACUGCAUAUUAUCUUAAUUAUUUCUCCUAUGGGGCCUUGCUUUUGGCAAAUAGUCCAUUUUCCUAUAUCACAUCACUGAAUUUAUUUCUUAAGAAUUUAAUUGGUUGUAAAACACUUUGAGCUGUCCUGAGGUCAUGGAAAAGGCUUUAUAAAUUGAAGUCAUUCAUUGAGCAGUUAUUAUCAUUUUUUUACAAUUGGUAAUGCAAUGAAAGCAGUAUUAGAGAAGAUGUAUUUUUAUCAGUAAUAUAUUCAAUUAUGGUUUUAUUCAAGCUAUUUAAAUAUUAACUUUAUAUAUGCUAUUUUAUUUAUGGAUUUUAAAGAGCAUAUAGGAAUAAGAGUGGAAGGGGAAAAUUUUAACUGUAAAUGGCACACAGGGUUCAGGAGGCUUCAUAAAAUUGACAAAGGAUUUUAAACCAGGCAAGAUGAAGUUGAAGUUUAGCUGAGCAGAUUUCAGUACAUGUAGACAAUCUCUUCCAAAUAUGCAGGUAGCUGCUUAUAAUAUUUAAAUAGGAUUAUCUGAUUAAGGUUUUCACUGAGACUUUAAGUUUAACAAGAUAUGUUUGAGUUCCAUGGGCUUCUUGAAAUUCACCAUUGAAACAAAGCAUGAAAUAAUCAAAAUAAUUCAUAGGGCUCAUUAUAAUGAAGCAAAUGAACAUCAACAAAUGCCUUGUGUACAUGGUUGUUUAUUUACCUCUCUUUGGGAAAGGAUUUGCCAAGGUUACUUGAAUAGAGAUACUAAUUUAUGCUUUGGAGAUAUUGAAGUACACGUGUGGGGUGAGUAAGAACUCACUACAUGGUAAAUAUCUGUUCACCCAGCAGGCAGGAUAAUUACCAUUGAGUUCAGUGUCAGAUUUGCCAGCCCUAUGUCUGUUUCAUGAUGUAUUGGCUGAAAAGUUCUACCAAAAUUAAAUUACCAAAAAUAUUUGAUAUUUUUUAACUUCCCAACAACAUAGCCAAACACUAAAUAAAAUUUUGUACAUUUUUUUCUUUUUAGAACCAAGGCGUACUUUUUAUUUUCAUUUCCUGUGAUGAGGAAAACUUUACUGUUCAGAUAGUGGUUGAGGAUUUAAUAACUACAGUCAACAUCAAUACGUCAGCAAAAGCCUGUUGAGAACACUAUUUACACAAGAAAGCAGAUUUUGGCUGUGCUGUUAAUGAGUAACAUAUACUUUCAAGCGAUAUUAGCAUUUACAUUACAAUAUAAAAUUGUAGCGUAGGGACAGAUGGUGAACUGUGUAAGAACUCUCUAAAAUAUCAGAAUGUGGAAAUCAAGAUAUAUUAAGGGUUUAUGGAAAUGUAUUUUGAGUAUUGAAAACCUGUACACUGGAUGAAGAAACUUCAAGCUUUCAAGUGAAAUCUUUUUUCAUUAGCUCCAUUAUUUUUUCUGUUCAUUAUUUAAAUUGUUUUAUGUAAUAAUAAAUAACAUAGAAUAUCAAAUCAUGGGUGCAAGCAAUAUAUUAGAAUAUAGAAAUAGUUUGAUAUAUAUAUAUAUAAAAAUAAAAUAAUUUAUGUUUUGGAUUAACAAAAAUAAAAUACC